AGCAGGAAGGCUGGGCGCUGGCGGAGGAGCGGCGGCAGACGCGGGAUGGCUUCGGCGAGGAUUGACAUCAUCUCCACCCCAAAUUAGCUACCCACUGGGAGAGAGUGCCAAAUCGAGGUUGCAGCCGGUGUCUCUGGGCACCCAGAAAGGCGAGAGCCACAGUAGCAGUGGGCAGCAUGUCGGAGGAGACGCUCCUGAGCAUGGACGAGGGGACGCUCCGGAAGCUGCUGGAGGCCACCCUGGACCUGGCUGAGCGACGCCAGAUCCGGUCGGCCAUCCGGGAGCUGCGGCGACAGGAGCUGGAGCGCGACGAGGAGGCCCUGGCAUCCAAGCGCUUCCGGACCGAGCGGCGGGAGAACAAGGAGAACUUGCUCAGAUCCCGGCAGUUGGAGGAGCAACAGCAGCAAGAGAAAUCCUUGGAUCUUCUUUCCGGGAAACUCGAAAGCAUCCAGGAUGUGGAGGAAUUGACAGCCCUGUUGCGAGGGGCCAGUGAGUAUGAAGAACGCAAGCUGAUCCGCGCUGCCAUCCGCAAAUUGCGUGCUGAAGAGAUUGAGGCCUUGGCUGGGAAGGCCUAUUACAGCCAGAGGGGCCCCAAGGAGACCCUUGAAUCCAAGGGCCAAGAAGAGAAGACUGCUGACAGAGGUGUUUCGGAGGCUCAGGAGCUGGCCGAGCGGGAACUGAUCCGGGCCCAGAUCCGGGAGCUGCGGAGUCAACAGCAGUCUGAAGCCAAGGCAACAGACAUGCCAGAAGACUCUUCUCCGGGGACCUUUUUGCUCCUCGAUCCUGUUCCUCGCCAGCCUCCUUCGGAGGAAUCGGAGCAUUCCGAGUCGAGCGCCGAGGGCACUGAUGCCAGUGAUUCUGGGACAGAGGCCCAGACUGGUGCUGAGAGGCACAGCGCCACGUCCAACCCGGAAGCUGUUGAGGCUUUGAGACCUCUGGAAGAGGAUGCCAUGCUGGACCACCUUGAGUUGCCAGGCAGCAAAGGAGGAGAUGCCAACCGGGCAGAGGAGUCACAGCCGAGGCCCCCAAGUGAAAAAGAAAAGAAAGUGGGCACAAUGAACGAAGAGGCUAAUGCUCUGCCAGCAGCUGAUUCCAAGGGCCCUGCCCCCUUAGAUGCCUGCAGCUGCGAAACUGCAGCAUCCGUGCUACCUCCAAAGGGCAAUGCAGAUGCCCGCCGGGAGCAGCCUUUACAGCGAUCGGGCUCAGUCUGGGAGCAGGCACGCAAGUUCAACGCAGAGCCCUCAGUGACAAAGGCAGUGCCCCCCAAGGCCGAGGGCCCUGGCAAAGGGGCCCGGGUCCUGCAGCAGCUGCGGUCCCCAUCCAGAGAGUUGCCAGCCGGGCUGCAAACCCCCAAACGGGCAGGAGAUGUUGGCACAGAGCAGGUGCCCAAACUGGCCUCCUCCUCCUUCUCGGCCGGCCCCAAAGAGGCGGGCACUCCUAGGGGGCGGAGCCAAGGCAGCCAAUGGCUGGGCGGCAAGCUGAGGGCUGCCUCGGUUGAAAAUGCCAAGGGGAGCGCCGGCAGUGCAGAGGAGCCCGAUGCCCAGCCGGGUGGCACCUCCCGCAAACCUUUGGCACAUUCCCACCAAGACGACGAGGCCAUGAAAACCCUCUUCACCAUCGAGAUCAAGGAGGGCCGCAACCAGCCAGUCCGGAGUCAUAUUGUGGGGACGCCAGGCAACCAGCGGGCAGAGCUGACCCUGGGCUUGAGGAGCACCCCCAUCCGCAUCACCACCACCAGCAGUAGCACUGGCAGUGGGGCGGGCAGCGCCAGCAGCAGCCACCAUGGCAGCAACUCCAGCUUGCAUAAAAUGGAGGCUGAGUUGCCGGAGCUUCCCAAGACGUCGGCGGUUCCCAUUUCCCACAACGCAGAGAAAGAGAAGGCUCCGCGCGGGCACCUAAGUGCUGAGGAACUGAGCAAAAUCGAGGAGGAGGACGUGCUGGAUAAAAUGCUGGAUCAGACAACGGACUUCGAGGAGCGGCGGUUGAUCCGGGCGGCCAUGCGGGAAUUGCGCCAGAGGAAACGAGAGCAGCGCGAGAAGGAGCGGGACCAGCGGCUGCAGGAGGCCAAGGCCAAAGGGGCCACCCACACCGUGGAGACCACCGCCCGGCAGAGCGCCACCUCUGCUGAUGGAUCGGCCGUCAGCACCAUCACCAAGACCCAGCGCCUGGUCCAAUCCAAUGAUGGCAGCAAAACCUCCCGCACCAUGACCAUGGAAUCCAGCUAUGUAAAGAGAUCAGAAACAGGUGGCAACACCUUCGUCCAGACCAAGUCCUCCUUCAGUUCUUCCUCUAAGAAAGUGGGCAGCAUCUUUGAGCGUGAGGACGAGAGCCCCAGCCGGGCGGGCAGCUUGGCAGCACUGGAGCGGCGCCAGGCGGAGAAGAAGAAGGAGCUAAUGAAGGCCCAGAGCUUGCCCAAGGCCACCACUUCGCAGGCGCGCAAGGCCAUGAUCGAGAAGAUGGAGAAGGAGGGCGGGAGCCCGGCAAACCCUGCUGUGUCACGGGUGGCUGUCCAGCGCUCUGCCAGCUUCGGGGUACCCAAUGCCAACAGCAUCAAGCAGAUGCUCCUGGACUGGUGCCGUGCCAAGACCCGGGGUUACGAUCACGUCGACAUCCAGAACUUCUCUUCCAGCUGGAGUGACGGCAUGGCCUUCUGCGCCCUGGUCCACAACUUCUUCCCCGAGGCGUUCGAUUAUGCCCAGCUCUCGCCGCAGGACCGGCGACGCAACUUUGAGAUGGCCUUCUCGGCGGCAGAGACACAUGCGGAGUGCCCCCAGUUGCUGGACGUGGAGGACAUGGUCCGGAUGCGGGAGCCCGAUUGGAAGAUGCUGGUGGACUGUGUGCCCUUGGUGGACGUGGAGGACAUGAUGAUCAUGGGCAAGCGCCCUGACGCCAAGUGCGUCUUCACGUACGUCCAGUCCCUCUACAACCACCUGCGGCGCCACGAGCUCCGCAUGCGGCAGCAGCAGUCCUUCUAGCCUCCCUCCUUCGCCCGCCCCAAGCGCCCACCCAAAGGCCCGCCACCCGGGGACAGCUUUGCCCGCAACGCCACACCGCUCUUGCCCCUCUUUGUCCUCCUCCUCGGCAACAGCGUGGGGUUGGCAGGGCCCUUGACCCUCUUGUGCCCGCCCCGAAGGGUUGGCAGGACUUCCGUCGGGAACUGAGGACCUCCACGCGUGCUUCUGAUAUAAUGAUGAUGAUGUCUUGUAAGUUAUUCCUUUUUAAAAAAAGAAAAACAUUGCCUCCGCUGUGCCACGACCCACCCCUUCAGUCCCAAGCUCGCCGCUGAAAAUUGUUUAAAGUUCCAACUACAAACCGGAGUGGAUGCUUGGGGGGUUGAAGCCUUCAUUGGUAAAGUGGCGGCCCUGCUCAUGCCAGAAAGGCCACUCUUUGGGACUACAAAUCUGAGAAUCCUCCAAUUGGGGAUUUUUGGGGAGAUGUAGUCCUAAACAGUAGCUGGAAAUUGCAUUCAGUCGGGUCAGGCGCUUGGUCCUUUUUGCUUACAACUGGCAUCUCUGACUGGUAAAGAGCUCAAGUUUUGCCAGAUGUUGGAGUUCAAGCUGCACUCCAAGCCUAUGGUCCUCCACUCACCUCCAAAGAAAAUGCAGCAUUCCCAGUGGACUCAGGCAAAAGCAAACUGCUGCAGCGCAGGCCCUCGUUUCCAUCUGUGAAACGUCAAAGGGCACGUCACUGGUGCUUUCCCAAUUGGUCAGGCAUCCGUUCCAGGUUUUAGUCUCAGCUUUAGAUAAUCUAUUUCGAAGGUCGAGUUCAGCACCUUGGCAGUUUGGGCUAAAAUCCAGAGCGGAUUGAGGAUUUGUACUCCCAGAGUCCUUUUAGCUUCUGAGUCAGCCAAAAUGGAGACCAGGUUUGGCAUUGGCAUAGAUGCCGGCCCCUUUCUGCCAGCUGUUCCAGCCAAGAGAUGCCUAGUGUGCCAGUCCUUGUGGCAGCCCAACGUUUGCCCGCUGCUUCUGGAUGGGGAGCCACCAAUGGGUUUUAUUUGUGUGUAUCAAACAGCAUCUGUUACAGAGUCUCACUUUGGGGCUCAGAGCUUGGGGUAUGACAUGCGUGGGGAUGACAACUCCCAGAAUCCCCCAGGAGUUGGGCUCUUCCUCCUGCACUGCUCUGGGCCACGCACUGGCUUCUUGCUGUUUGAGCACCGCACGAGAAUGUAUGUAUCGGGCACCAAGUGAGACAAUAAAAGUUUGGAUCGACCCUU